AAUGAGAUAGCGGUUAUUUAUUUCCAGUGCUUUUCGACGUUUUCGUAUAGCCGAUAGCUUAGCCGCAUGAGAAUCAAACUUACCAACACGAGAAGAGAAGCAUUGGGGCUAAACCUAGGAUUGCUCGGAGUUGUUUUGAGGUGGGUUUUGGAGACGGGCAUGAGAGGAGGAGGAGCCCCGGAUUUUUUCUACAGAGAGGCUCAACGCCUAGGGUAUGUAGCUCGCUCUGCUUUCAAGCUGCUUCAAAUACAGAACAAAUACAAGCUCAUAACCCCAGGCUCUUCUGUUCUUGACCUGGGUUGUGCCCCGGGUGCUUGGCUUCAGGUUGCUUGCCAGAGCUUGGGUCCUUUAAAAAAUGGUGGGGCUGUUGUGGGCAUUGAUCUCAAGAAUGUGAAGGUUCCAUCUCCUUACUGUGAUUCAAGGGUUCAAACUGUUUGUGCUGAUGUCAUGAAGCUCCCUAGACAACAAGUGAGGGACCUUUCUACUCAGAAGAAAGGGUUUUCUGUGAUACUUUCUGAUAUGUGCCCCUUGGUGUCUGGUAUUACAACUAAAGAUGCAGCUUUGUCCAUGGAGCUUGGAAUGAGAGCUCUAAAUUUGGCUGUUGGUGGAGCUGCUGCUGCCCAACCAGAUGAUGAUAUUCAGGGGGACAAUCAAAUAGAUGUUAUGGGUUCUGAUAUGGAUGAUACUGGUGUUUUGCGACCAGGGGGCCACCUUGUCAUUAAGCUUCUAGAGAGUGAGGAUGUGCAAGAAUUAACUAGUAUUUGCAAGCCACUCUUCAGAAAGACAUCAUUGUUGAGGCCUAAAGCAACAAGAUCUUCAUCAAGAGAGAUAUAUCUAAUCUGUCAAGGGUUGCAUUAGCAUGCUAUAUAUAUUGUAUCGGGCGAUUGGCUUUUUGACUUCGGGUUUUGGCUUUUUGACUUCGAGUUUCAGCAAGCAGGAUUCGGCUUUUGAUGAGCAAAUUGGGUUUGCCGGAAGAAAGAGCAGAGCAAUUUUCUCCAAACUCCAAAUAUUAUUACCUUGUUGACAUACAUAGUUUUGAACUUCAAAUGCAUGUGUUGUUAAACAUAUAUCCUCCUAUUUUCUAUAUCAGAAGUGCCUCUGUCUGCAGUUUUGCUUGUAAAAGAAUGCUUGUGCCCAACCAAGCUAACUUUAGUAGUUGGAACAUCGAAGCUGAUUGUUGAGCUGUAAUUUUACUAGUAAAACCAGCCGCAAAGGUUGUUUUUGUUGGAA